CACACGCGUCACGGGGGCCUCUUGUUAUUUAAACUUGAUUCAAGACCUCGGGAGAGUUUUUGUCAGGAGGGAUCGCGUCGACUCGCUGCAGCCCGGAGCAGGACUUUUUCUUCCUUUCUCGCGUGGAUACUUUUGCGUCGUCGCGGUCUCCACCGGCACCGGCAUGCCCUACAGCGUGACUCUCAAGGGACCCUCCCCGUGGGGCUUCCGCCUGGUCGGGGGACGAGACUUCAGCACGCCGCUGACAAUCUCCAGGGUAACGGCCGGCAGCAAGGCGGCCCAGGGAGACCUGUGCCCGGGCGACACCAUCUUGGCCAUCAACGAUGACAUCACAGAGCACAUGACCCACAUGGAGGCCCAGAAUCUCAUCAAAAACUGCACUCGGCAGCUCACGCUCGUCAUCAGCAGGUCGGGAUCAGGAGAACGAGUUUGGUCACCGGUGGGGAGCGAAGACGGCAAGAUGAGCCCUUACAUGGAACCGGACUCGCAGAACUUCCGUCCCAUCACCAGCGGCUACGGCAACUACAACCGCAAGCCAUCGUAUACCCCCGAACCCCCGCCUCCUCCGCUGCUCCCCGUGCAAAAUUAUCAACAGCAGCAGCAGUUGCAAGCCACCAACCAUCCGCUCAACGGCCAUUCCAAGACCAACAACGGGCACGGCAACACCUACGGUAACGGGCACGCUCAGUACAACAACCCGACUCCGCUGUACGCCCCCAACGGCAGCAACGGGGACCGAUCCAUACACGGCAAAAUGGCAGGUCUCAACUUGAGCGCCCCCCACAGCCCCGAGCCUCCCGCCCCCUCCCCCGUCCAGAGCCGCGACGGCGUGGACGUGCAGUCGCAUGUCUAUAAGAUGCUGACGGACUUCGAGCAACCAUCCUCGGAGCCCAAGCAGUCCGGAUCCUUCAAGUACCUGCAGGGGAUGCUGGAGGCCGAGGACGGAGGUGUGUCUCCGACAGAUAGAAUGAGAAGCCUGAAGUCGCCGGUGCGAUCGCCCGUCCCCAAACUGGGAAGCCCCCUCCCCAGCGGCGUGUCGGGCCUCCAGAAGCUCCCGCAGUGCACACGCUGCACCAACGGCAUUGUGGGCACCAUCGUGAAGGCCCGCGACAAGCUGUACCACCCGGAGUGCUUCGUGUGCGACGACUGCGGCACCAACCUGAAACAGCGCGGCUACUUCUUCAUCGAGGACAACCUGUACUGCGAGACGCACGCCAAAGCCCGUGUGCAGCCUCCGGAGGGUUACGACGUGGUGGCCGUCUACCCCAACUCCAAGGUGGAGAUCGUGUGAGGCGGACGCAGGACCCCGCGCGGACAUUUUGGCAGAAUGCUAGCUUGCGUUAGUUUUCGGGGCUUAGGGGACGUCACUUUUUCCUCUUUGUAGCGGGCGAUGCAUCACAGGCGUGUGUCACUGGGAGCGUCGGUGGAAUGUCGACGUGUUGUUUGGCUGAACUCUAACCCGGGCUAAACGGCUCCAUAUGCAAGCAUGCCAGCGCCGCCUUCGCAAGUGUAAAUAAAAACGCCAGCAGGGGGGAGAAGGGGAACAGUUUUUCUUACUUUUCAUUUAACGCCACAUUUCCCACGCUGCGUUAACCCACUCAGAUUCUAUUCAUAGAUAUAUUUUUUAAAAUAUUUAAUUUGGGAAGGGUGGUUUAUCACUUUAGUCAAGACUUUAUGGGGUUAAUUUUUUUUGUUUCCUCUGAUUUUUUUCCCCCCUCAAUUUUUGUUUUAUUUUUUUUUUUAAAACGCUAGUUAGCCCAACUUAUUAAAGAAUAAAGGGAAAAAAAAAUAGUUUUUUUUUUCAACGCAUUUAGUAUAAUGGGGUCAAAUGUAUGCAAAUUUUCAGGGAGAUUGCUUAUCCCAACUUAUUGGUGACUUGAGAUACAAGUUUAAUUCCCCACAUUAAUAAUGUUUUGUCAUUUUUGUAUUUCAAGGCACCACUGUACGUAAAAUAAUACAACAAAUAACAAAAACCAUAGUCAUCAUUCCGGGGACUAUUUUUUUCUCGCUAAACUACUUUCAUAAUGGAGAAUGAGAACAUUUUUUUUCUAGUGUGUAAAUGUUGAAAAAUGUAUAUUGUUGCCAACUGUGUGCACUGCCAUCUCCUGUACUUAUGUUAUUGUCUUGUUGACACAUACUUGUCGUUGUUUAUUAAAUUAUUGUCAUUCCAAUACUCUCAACACACAUAAAACAGUUUAGAAAAUAACACAAUAUAUGCAGUUAUUGUGAUAUAAUCGCUAGAAUGUGAAUAUUAAGGCUUAAUUUCAUGUGGAGUCCCUCAAGGUUCCAUCUUUCAAGUGCUGACAUCAUUUCCUUGCCAACUGCCUUUCUGGAUUUUUUUUGACUUUGUAAUUCAAUUAGUUGAUUAAAUUUUGUUGCAAAAAUG